GCCGGGGCGGCUUUGGACUGAGUUCUCGCGCAACUCCGUAGUAUGAAAAUAUUGCAGACAUAAUCAGAAAUAGCUGUGAAGUCCCACGGAUUCGUCAAUCAGAUUCAUCACUUACAAAUGAAUGAUCUCUCUUCUUUCCCCCUGAAAUCUGCAACCCCAAGUGUGGAUUUCUUUGGAAAUUGUCUGUUUCCCUAGGGGGCAUGUGCCAGGGCCUGCAGUCUAAGUCCUGGCAGUUCAAAUCCAGGUCUGCGCCUUCCCGCUGAGUCACUUUGAGCAAGAUCUACCUCUGCAACUUAACUCUUCUCUAGGAAGAACACUCAGGAGAGCAAGAAUAUGGCCCCAGGGCUCUUGACAACCAGGGACGAGGCAUUAAUGGCCUUCCAGGAUGUGGCUGUGGCCUUUACCCAAAAGGAGUGGAAGCUACUGAGUCCUGCUCAGAGGACCUUGUACAGAGAAGUGAUGCUGGAGAACUAUAGCCACCUGGUCUCGCUAGGAAUUGCUUUUUCCAAACCAAAACUCAUCACACAUCUGGAGCAAGGGGACGAGCCCUGGAGAGUGGAAAACGAAUGUCUUCUGGACCUUUGUCCAGAACGCGGGACGGAAUUCCAGCCCUGUCUCUCCCACCCGGUGGCCUUUUCUAGUCCACCAUUCCUCAGACGAUAUGUGCUAAGUGGUCGUCCCCCUCCAGUCUUCACAAGCUCAUCUACAAAAAGUGACUUCCAACUGGAAGCUCCAGGGUGCUUGAUUGAAAGAGAAGGUGGAGAGAGAGAAGGCCUUGGCACCAUGUUUGGGAAGAUGAAGCCGAGCAAGAUUUCGAGGACAUUCUUCUGCCCACAUCAAGGUCACCCAGUAGACUGGGUGAAAGACAACAGAACAGGAGAAAUAGACCUUGGCCUGGCCCAGAGGAUGAGCCCUGGAGAGUCAGACAGAACGUUGAAGGGGGCGGGUGUCUCAGAAUCUGGAACAGUCACAUGCGGAAAAUACAGACUGGGGCCCAGCCAAAAGUCAAGUGUAUUCAGCCACCAGAAACAUCAUGUGUGCCCUGAAUGUGGGAGAGGCUUUUGCCAGAGGUCAGACCUCAUCAAGCACCAGAGGAUACACACGGGGGAGAAGCCUUACCUGUGUCCCGAAUGUGGUCGCCAGUUUAGCCAGAAGGCCUCCCUCACCAUACACCAGAGGAAGCACUCAGGAGAGAAGCCAUACGUGUGCAGGGAAUGUGGGCGACACUUCAGGUAUACGUCCUCGCUCACGAACCACAAGAGGAUUCACUCUGGGGAGAGACCCUUUGUAUGUCAGGAGUGUGGCCGAGGCUUUCGCCAGAAGAUAGCCCUCGUCCUUCACCAGCGGACACACUUGGAAGAGAAGCCCUUCGUGUGCCCCGAGUGUGGAAGAGGCUUUUGCCAGAAGGCCUCGCUCCUGCAGCACCGCAGCUCACACACGGGCGAGAGGCCCUUCUUAUGCCCUGCGUGUGGGCGUGGCUUCAGGCAGCAGUCGCUGCUGCUCAGUCACCAGGUCACACACUCAGGGGAGAAGCCUUACGUCUGCACUGAUUGCGGGCACAGCUUUCGCCAGAAGGUCACCCUUAUCAGACACCAGAGGACACACACUGGGGAGAAGCCUUACCUGUGCCCCCAGUGUGGGCGGGGUUUUAGCCAGAAGGUCACCCUCAUUGGACACCAGAGGACACACACUGGGGAGAAGCCUUACCUGUGCCCCCAGUGUGGGCGUGGCUUUGGGCAGAAGGUCACCCUCAUUAGACACCAGAGGACACACACAGGAGAGAAGCCUUACCUGUGCCCUGAGUGUGGGCGUGCCUUUGGCUUUAAGUCACUCCUCACCAGACACCAGAGGACACACUCAGAAGAGGCGCUUUAUGUAGACAGGGUGUGUGGGCAAGGCCUUGGCCAGAAGCCAUACCUCGCCUCUGACCAGAGGACACACUCAGGAGAGAAGCCGUGCGUGUGUGACGAGUGUGGACGCGGCUUUGGCUUUAAAUCCGCCCUCAUCAGACACCAGCGGACCCACUCAGGGGAGAAGCCGUACGUGUGCAGGGAGUGUGGGCGCGGCUUUAGCCAGAAGUCCCACCUCCACAGGCACAGGAGGACCAAGUCUGGCCAUCAGCCCCUACUACAAGAGGCGCUCUCCUGAUCUUUCCUUUCCUUUCCCCAUGAGUGUGAAACUGGCGAAAAUCACUAGUAAAUGUUCUACUUCACUGAUGGAAAAAAAUCAUAACUUUCUUUCAUCGAUCAUGUAAUAGUCGAUUUAUGGUUGGUUUUUGCAUGAGUGAUGUGUCUUUGUUUGAUAGGGCUACCAUAACAAAAUACCCUAGACUGAGUGGCUUAAACAUCAGAAGCUUAUCUUCUCAUAUUUACAGAGCCUGGAGGCCCCAGAUCAAGGUGUCAGCAAUGUUGGUUGCUGCUGAAACCUCUCUCCUUAGCUUGCAAAUGGCUCUCUUCUCACUGUGUCCUCACAUGGCCUUUUCUCUGUGCACAUUUGUCCCUUCUUAUACAGACACUAGUCAUUUUGUGUAGGGCCACAACCAUAUGACCUUAUACAGUCACAUUGGGAGUUAGGACUUCAACAUAUAAAUUUCGGGGGAACAGUUCAGUCCAUUACUCUCUGCCCUCUGGACCACCAAAGUUCAUAUCCUUCUCACAUACAAAAUACAUUCACACUAUCCCAGCAACCCCCAAAUUCUUAACUCAUUCCAGCAUCAACUUUAAAUCCAAAAUCUCAUCUAAAUCAAUAUUAUCUAAGUCAAAUUUAGGUAAGACUCCAAGUACAAUUCAUCUCCAGCUGUGAUCAUAUGAAACCAAAUAAGUUAUCUGCAAAUACAAUGGUGGGACAAGCAUGAGCUAGACUUUCCCAUUCCAAAGAGAGACAUUAGAAACACAUAAGGAGUGAUGGAUCCUAAGCAAGUGUGGAGCCAAGAUGACGAAUUCCAUUAGAUUUUAAGACUCAAGAAGAAUCCCCUUUGGCUCAAUGCUCUGCUUCUGGGCUCACUGGGGCAGCAGUUCUUGGCCCACAAAAUUGAGGAGGAGACACACUUGCCCCCCAGAUCUGUACUCUCUGAGCCUAUGGUCAGAGUCGUAGCCCUGCCCAUAUCUGAAUCACCUUUGAGAAUCACAUUCUUCCCUUUUCUUGAAGAUUAAUGCAUGUUUACAGCUAGGUAAUUCUAUUGUACUUUCCUUUAGAAUUCCAGAAGUUCAAUAACCUGCCUUCAUUUUGUCCCCUCUCUCUCCCUUUCACUUCAAGCAGUUAGAGUUUCUGGUGAGAUGGUUAAUUGGUUUCAUGAUUUACACCCGUACAAAUCUCUUUAUCAAAUGGUUGUCCAUCAACACCCUUGGUGUUCUGUCUAGAAGAUGCUUUCUCAUUUUUUGCAAUAUAGAUAGGCUAAGAAUUUUCUAAAUCUUAAAGUUCUGGUUCCCUUCUGUUUAACAAUUCUUCAAUUUAUCUGUCUCCUCUCAUACUUUACUAUAAGCAGCAAGGAGAAAUCAGGCCAUGCUUUCAUCACUGUGUAGAAAUCUCAUCUGAAUAUUUUGCUGUUAUAUUACUUACAACUUCUAC